AUGAAGACCACUUCAGCGUUGCCUGCAACAUUCCUCUUCUUCCUCCUCUUUGCCUUCACCACCACCGCCGCCGCCUUCGCCGGCAACGGCCUAGUGCUAGACUCAGACGGCGAUCCAUUGAGAAACGGCGGCAAAUACUUCAUCUCACCUGUAAAUGGAGGUGGGAUUUUCGCCGGCGCAGUGAGGCACGGAUCAGAUACUAAUUGCUCACUCGCCGUGAUCCGAUCCAGUAACAGAUGGUCAACAACCAUAUCUUCUCCGUUCAAAAUACUUUACAUCUCAGAGAAGCUUCCUCUGAACAUAUCAUUCGCUCAGUUCGCACCCAACGUUUGUACCAAAUCUAAAAACUGGCUCGUCACGAGGUCGUAUCCUAUUAGGGAGCCCGUGAUGGUUGGAAGUGCUCAAGAGUUCGAUGGUUCUGUGAUGGAUGGUUAUUUCUCCGUUUGGUCUGUUGAUGAAACCAAAGGACACUAUAAGCUUGUCUUCUGUCACACUGGAGGAGAGUGUGGAAACAUCGGAGUCCUCGUUGACAUUAACAACUUCCAACGUUUGGUCGUCACAGUUGAUGAGCCUCUGGUCUUCAAGUUCGAUAAGGUUAAGGACAGCUCUGAUGCCUCCAAGCUAUCCAUGGUGGUUUAA